GCUCUCCUUUUGUUUUUGGGUGCUGGCCUGGGAACUGAGAUGGAAGAAACCGAUUAAAGAAUGGCUCAGUGCUAACAACCUUCUUGAAUACAAGGUCUUAUUUGAAGAUGUGCAUAGUUUAGAGGAGUGCAAAUAUUUGGAAAUUCCGUGGACGACUGUGUGAUUCAAGAGACAAAAGCUGUCCAAUGCCAGCUGUUAAAGAAGUUAACACUGCAGAAGUGGCUGUGUGCACAGGGUUUGGAACAUUAUCAUCACGUUUUGAAAUCACUAGGAAUCAUCGGCAACAUAACUGAUCUGCUCCAGUUUGGUGACGAGUCACAGGAAACUCUGACUGAGGCUACUUCUACAUUUGGAAGGAAGGUCCUCGAGGGGACACGUUGAGUGGGAGCACAAAGUUAGGUUUGUUCAUAACUUGACCCAAAGGCAGAGAAUUGAAAAGUGGUCCAUGGUGGGAGCAGUGUUUUUUGCCUCUAGCAUCACAUUUUGCACUGCAAGAAAAGACCUGAUGAUUGUCGUCAUUGGUGGAAUUGCAGUUUCCAUCGUAGCUUUCUUCUUUACCGUGAAGUUUCUGUACGAACUCGUGGCCCGGGUAAUUAAUUUUCUUCAGAAUGACCACAGAGGGCGGCAGGCGAACCGAACUAUUUAUGACUAUGUCCGUGGAAACUACCUGGAUCCAAGGUCAUGCCUGGUCACCUGGGAUUGGAAGGACCCUCAGGAAGUAGGGCGCAUCUUGACCUUUAGAGUACAUUUGUUCUAUAAGAAUGGGCAACCAUUCCCUGCACAUCGCCCAGUGGGCUUACGAAUUCACAUCUCGCACAUGGAACUGGGGAUAGAUGUUCCUAUUACACAGGAAGUGCUUCAGGCACAAAAUAAUAAUAUGGUGAAGGUGAGCUUCACAGUGAGGAAGGCAGGAAGGUAUGAAGUCAUAGUCAAACUCGGAGGACUGAAUGUGGCUUACAGCCCAUACUACAAAACAUUUCAACCUGGAAUAGUGUUUCCAGCAAAAACAAAAAUCCUUUACCACUUCUCCACUCUGGUAUUGACAAGUGGGCAGGAACACACAUUGCAGAUCGCCCCUCGCGACGAAUAUGAUAAUCCAACAAGUAAUGCCCUGGCCAUUGUUGAUCAAGAUAAUUACAGGGUACAGAUAAAAGAGCUUGGCACCCAUGAAAAUGAAAUAUCAGAUGUUUUGUUUAACAAAACCAUUUCUUCAAAUAAGACCAUGUGCCUGGUGCUUCUGAAUCUGACCUUGUGGAGAAGAGGUUGUUUUCGGGUAUCCAUCAAGUACUGGGAUCAAUUGAUUGGUAACGGGGAGUUUGACAUCAUAAUUCUUGGUGAAAAUGAAAAUAAUAUAGUAGAAAAGAACGUAUCGUCUCCCGGAAGCAGUGUUUAUUUUGAGGCCUACUUGUAUAGCACAACAAAUUAUGCUCAUUCACAUUGGCAAUCAUCACCAAUCACAUAUUCCACUGCGAGUCGACACCAAUCGAUCACCACUGAUGAGGAAGAAGAUGAUAAAGAUGGGGAUCAGACAACUGAGAAAGUGAAGAAACCCAAAAAAGUUUAUUGUUACAUAUCUCCAAAGCAAUUCUCGGUGAAGGAAUUUUACCUGAAAAUCAUUCCAUGGAGACUUUUCACUUUCAGAGUAUGUCCAGGAACAAAGUUUUACUACCAUGGUCUAGACCCAGUGCAAAAGUUCCUAACACUAGUGGUGGAUGAUGGGAUACAACCUCCUGUGGAACUUAGUUGCAAAGAGAGAAAUAUCAUGGCAGCAACAUUUAUCCGUUUCUUGCAUAACAACAUUGGGGGUUCUGAAACGUUCCAAGAUAAAGUCAACUUCUUUCAGCGGGAACUCCGUCAGAUGCAUGUGAAACGACCACAUACAAAGAUUGUGCUAAAAGUCUGCCGCCCCAAUUUCCUUGAGUCGUCCAUCAAAGCUACGCGAAAUUUCUCGUCCUCUGAUUGGAGCAAGAAUUUUGAGGUUAUUUUCCAGGAUGAGGAAGCACUGGACUGGGGUGGACCACGCAGGGAAUGGUUUGAGUUAACCUGUAAAGCACUCUUUGACCCCAUUAAUGCCCUGUUCAUGUACUUCAGUGACAAUAACCAGGGACUGGUGCAUCCAAACCCAGAGCGAUCUUCUCAUCUCCGACUAAAGUUAUACGAGUUUGCAGGGAAAGUCGUUGGAAAGUGUUUGUAUGAAUCUUCCUUGGGUGGGGCUUAUAAACAACUGGUUUGCGCUCGCUUUACCCGUUCGUUCUUGGCGCAAAUUAUUGGACUCCGGAUGCACUAUAAGUAUUUUGCAACAGAUGAUCCAGAAUUCUACAAAAGUAAAGUUUGUUACAUUCUGAAGAAUGAUGUGAGUGAAAUGGACCUUGUUUUUGCUGAGGAAAAAUAUAACAAGUCGGGACAGUUAGAGAAGGUUAUAGAGCUGAUAGCUGGUGGUGCGCAGAUACCAGUAACCAAUGACAACAAGAUAUUCUACUUGAACAUGCUUGCACAAUACAGGCUAGCCAAUCAGGUGCGCCAGGAAGUGGAGUAUUUCCUUAAAGGUUUAAAUGAGUUAAUUCCUGAAAAUCUUUUAGCAAUUUUUGAUGAAAAUGAGUUGGAGCUGUUGAUGUGUGGGACUGGAAACAUCAAUGUUCCCGAUUUCAAGACUCAUGCUGUCAUUGUUGGAGGGUCCUGGCAUUUCCGAGAGAAGGUAAUGAAGUGGUUCUGGACAGUGGUGUCUAGUUUCACUCAAGAGGAACUUGCUCGGUUGUUGCAGUUCACAACGGGCUCUUCCCAGCUGCCGCCAGGAGGAUUUGUGGCAAUGUGCCCAUCUUUCCAGAUCAUUGCAGCACCUACGCAGAGUUCCUUGCCCACAGCUCAUACCUGCUUUAACCAGUUGUGCCUUCCAACCUAUGAUUCAUAUGAAGAGCUGCAUAAGAUGUUAAAACUGGCCAUUAAUGAAGGCAGUGAAGGGUUUGGAAUGCUGUAAUUCUAAAGCUUUUUGGCACACGAUGACCCAUCUGGUGGCAGAUAGCACAGGACCCAGGAUCUGUCUGGUUAUAGAUCAAACAUCCCGAUGGUUUUCCCCUCUCUGCCAUAUGGACAUAGAUUGUGCUACAAUUGCCUCUGUACUAUUCUGACCUGACCCUUCAGACAUUUGACAAGAAUGUUUGAAAGAUGCUGAGAAAUCAGUAUGCUGUUUUCCAAACAGCCCGGCAAGCAACUGGCGGACAAGUGCUCAGUUCCAACAUAGAAACAAAACUUUCACAGAAUGCUCCUUUGUUUAUUUGAUUCACCAAUGGCUUAAUAUGGGAGAAGCUUGAAGAAUCUGUCAUCAGACUGGAAAUUUGAUGGAAAUAAAAAAGAACACUCUGGUCAUUGUAGCAAACAGCAGUCUCUGUCCACUGCCAUUUUCUCCCUAUGGCUGAAAAAGGGCUCAGACCUAGACUUUCUGUCUCAAGUUACUAACAAUUCUAAUAGCCUUGCAAGUUUAUCCAACAGAAGCAAGCACUCGACUGUGAAGAAAACCACAAGUAACUCCAGAUUCUGUGCCCUGCCUCCCAAAUUAUCCCAUUGACGGAACCUUAGUUUAGUUUAGUGGAGCAAAUGUAAUGCGUGCUUGCAGAUCCAUGUCUGAGACCAGCACGCAGAGAAUCGCCUAGCUUGGGCGCCGCCUUUCAACGAACUGUUGGCCUUUUAUCUUUACGACUGAACUUUACAACCAACCUCACAAACUUCCAAGUCCUGCACAUUUUCUGAGUUGUGUUUUGUUAUCCAAAUCAAGGUGGAUGUCAGCCAAACACAGGGCCGUGAUCAAUUGUUUUGUUGUAAGAAUUUAUUCAAGUUUCCAGAUGGAAAUCUCAGAAGAAAAAUGUCAAAUGAGUCUGGUAAUGAAGUGGAAGAGCAAUGAGUUGAUUAAUAAUCAAGAGGUUGAGAUGCUGGAGUGGUACAUUUCUUCAGCAGAUUUUUGUAAAUAGAAUACUGCACAUUAACUAAAAUGUUUUUGUUUAUCUCAAGACAGAAGAUAAGCAAGCUUCCUUUCCCUUUAUCAUCAAAUUUCUCAUUAAUAUAUCAUAUUCUCAAAGAGAUUGCGUUAGGAACAUUGUUAUGAAGACCUCUUUAGAAAUAUGUAAUUGUGUUAUGUUGUUGAAAUGCAUGUUUUAUCAAGUUGUCGUACAUCACAGACAAAUAUGAGUGGGAAAUCGGUCAAUUAUUGUGAGGUAUAAGCAAAUGUUUAAAAGCAGGUUUUCUGCACAACUGAAGACCAACUAGACUGCAUGGGUCCAGUUUUUUUAAUUACUGGGACAUUGCAAAGUGAAAAGAAGGCAGAGUAUCUUUACAUUUAAUAUUUCAGUUUGAGACCAGAUGCUGUACACAUAACCAGCCAGAUAGAACAGAAGGUGUUUUCAAAAUAAUGUUCCUUGUCGCUUAUCAACAUUUUUCUGUCUUCUACUCUGACGUCAUACAAUAUACCAGGGAAAGGGAAGUACAACUAUUGUGUGAGUGUGAGAAAGAAUGUCCUCUUUCUCACACUCACAAAAUAAAAUGUUGACUCGCUGUCCUUCACAUUCCUCCAUCACACUGGGCCAAGUUUAGUAUAAAUCAGACAUGUAGGCAUGUAGCUGCAAUAGUCAAGGCUGUACACAUGACUGUAAAAUGCACAAUUGAGGAACAAAUGUGAGAAUUAGUUUGAAUACAAUUUAUUUGUAACAAAUAAAUAAAGGCAGUUUUAAACUCGUUCACAAUUGCCUUAGACAUUAACAGAUGAUCUCGGAGUUACAAAAGUCAAAGAUUCACUUGCUGAACAUAGUAAGUCAACAAAGAAGAAAUUUACAUUUUCCAAAAUUCUCACCCAAACGAUGCAAAUAAUAUUACUUUCAGUGAAACGUUAUCAAGAGUGUAUCUCUCUUUUCCCUUGCAUCUUUUUUUCCUCUGUGUACAUUUUAUGAUCUCUCUGUGGACCUCACAUUCCCAUUUCUUCGCUUUCUUGCGAUUUCCCUUGUUCCCUGCCCGACACAUAUCUUCACUCGUGCGAUCUUGAUUUCUGUCUGACACUCGCCCUCAAUCUCUCUCAAUCUCUGUUUCGCUCUCAUCCUUGCGUUUGUCUGCACUCCCUCUUACUACCGUGCUCCACUUUCAGCUCCCACUGUCACACGCUCCUGCCGUCUCACACUUUCCUUGUCCUUUGCCUCCUUGUGCUCCUCCUGCCCCACUGCUGCCCCAGCACUGGUGCUGAUUUAUGAACUGCUUCUUGCACUCUCAGACACUGGCUACCCAGCCCCCUUGCACUUCUCCUGACCCUUGCACCACUGCCCCCAGCAUCAACAUCAGCUCGCUCUGUCUCCCUCCUGGUUGGUUAUAUGGGUAAUUGAUUUCUGUAGCUCCUUGCUGUUGCUGGAAGAAUUCAUUAUUUGUCAGAGAUGCUGCCUGUCCCGUUAAGUUACUCCAGCAUUUUGUGUCAUCAUUAUUCUGUUGCUGGAUUGUUGCUCGCUGGGAUUUGGACACUGUUCCUUAUCAGUUCACAAUUGGAAUCUCUCUGGUAUUAAACUGGCCAUAUUUGUGAGUUGCUUUACAAAUAGAGUUAAUGCUUUUAAAAAAAAUGAAAAUUGCACUUUACAAUGUGAGGAAACAUAUAUUCCUUCCAAGAUUUUUUUCCCCCUCUAUACAGCUUGCUUCACAGUAAACCUUUUGGAUUAUUUUCAAUAACCAGUGACCUUUAGAGAAAUCUGGUUGGGACUCCUCCAUUUGUGAGGGUUCCGCCAUCCCAAGUGAAAACACCAGCAGUCUACAAGUCCAUAUGACAUAUUCCGAUGAAGAAUUCUAGUCAACCUGUGUAAUUGUGAAAGUAUGAUAAUCAUUAGCCUGAAUUUCAAAUUCACUUCUCUCAUCUCUUAUCCCAAACCUAGAAUUGGUGCCUUACAACAACUAUUUCUGUGAGUUUGGAAAUAAUUCUGUUCUGCACCCUGGUGUCAAGUGUAAUCGAAUGAGAGGGGUGUUCUUUAACAGUGCAUCCCAGAUGAGGCGCAGCAGUGGUACAAAGUGGUUUUGGAGUAUAAAGUAUAGAUCAAUGCCAAAAUGGAUUCGAAAGAGAAAGUGAGGAGUUCUGUUUCCUCACUUAGGGAAUCUGAACACUUUUUUUUUGUUUUGGCAUCAGGUUGACUCCUGAACUUAGACUGUAUGUACAAUUGGAUAUACGUUUUGGACACAGAUCUCAGAAGUGAACAUUGCAAAGCUGUGAGGUCUUUGUCUUCCUGGAACUGAGGCAGAGGAAUAGUUAAGCAAAGUAGCACAAAUUUUUAUGUGAAAUACGCACUGACCUGGGGUUUCUUUAAUCAAGAUAGAAAAUGUUGUGUUAAGAAGGGAAACUAUGUAUUCAAUGCAAACACUGAGUAGAAUUCUCACUUGUACGGGUCUACCCUGCUCAUUUCAACCAGCGGAGUUUAUCCACCGACUUUCUCCCCCAAAAAUUGUGUAUUUGUUUUCAAUACAAAACUAUUAUUAGAUAAUCCACGUGCAUCAGGAAAGCAGCCAAAAGUUUAACAAUUAAUAACCAGGUUAUUAACAUUGUUAAACUUUUUUACACUAAUUUACCUUUUGAUAAAAUUACACAGGAUUUAACAACAGUUACAUACAACAAGAGGUUAUAUUAACAGUUGAGCGUUUUCACAAAAUUUAAAAUACUUUAGACUAGGAGACUAGUGGGUAUAUCAUUGGUUUAUAGAUGCUAUUCUACUAUUUGAGAUGUUUUGGGGUCUUAAUUUUUAGCUUUGUCCAUGAGGUGAUUGUGAAGGAAACUAUCAGAGGGAGAGAAUUAAGACCAAAGGGAUAAAAUUGGGAUAGAAGACAACGGAGGCGGAGAGAAACAAAUAUUCAGGCACCUUGACGCGUUGAACGGAGAUGAGUUUCUAAUAUGGGGAGCUGAGUAUUUUUGUAGGACAGGGUUCAUAAAAGAUUUUGCAGGAAACCUGAAUGAUGUUCUGAGUGACUUCAUUGGAAAGGAUGGUGUGACGUGGUGAGAGGCUUGCAGGAGUUAAGUUGUAGAUAAGCGUUGCCUUUUCAGGUCUGUCAUAACGUUGAUACAUUAUGAAUUUAUCAACAGCAGUAGCGAAAAAAAUAGCGGUAGCUAUUUAUCCAUUAAAAGAGGAGUAAUCACAGUGAAGAGUAUACUUAACUUUUAUUUCUAUCUGGCAAUUUAAAAGCAUCAAUUACAUAGCACAAUUUUUCAGUUACCGAGCAAAUACACGUACUGCUAAGAUAGAAUUCAUUGUUUCCAGAUGAAAUUCCCACACAUUAGAUAAUAGCACAGUCGGGCUUUAAAUGUCAGAUUUGAUAAAAAUGGUGAAUGUUGUUUUCUUCUAGCCUUUGAUGUUAAAGAGAGUAUCUUUCUGUGCUGUCAGCUAUACAGUUCAUUUUGAAAGUGCACAGAAACAGGUCGAGUUGUGAUUUGCGACUAUAAUUUUAUUUUGGGGCUUCAGCACCACCGUUCAAGUGAAAAAUACCUAUGUGAGGAUCCCAUUAUUAUACGUUAGGAAGAGAAAUCCAAGAGUAGAAAUAGAAAUGAAAGUAUUGGAAAUGUGCUGCAGUUUUUAAUAGGUUGAACAAAUAUAUAAAGUGUCUGAAUGGAUAUUUUGCAAAUUUAAAUAUUAAUCAGUUCAUUUAAAAAAAAUUCUGAUAAAGACCCAAGUUUAAAUCAUUAAUAUACCUUUUCACUUCAUGGGCAUGUCGUGUCCUGUUAUUCACUGUUUUUACUUAAUAGUUCAUGCCUUUUGUCAGUUGUUGGAUUAUUCCAUGGGGUGUAGGAGUCUUCUGUUUAAAUCCAUCACAUUCAUUGCAGACACUGUUGGAUGACAGGAAUGUAAGGUUGUCAGCUGGCCAAGACUGGUCCCAAUAUCACUUGGCUGCUUAGAAACAGAUUGAGACAAGUUUGUUUUGAUUUUCAACACAGCCCCAGUUCUGCUGUAAAUGGAACUUGCUUUAAUAAAACUUAAUUAUUGCAGUGCUGAGCAGUGGCAAGUGGUCACACCCUGCCAGGGUUUCCCACCCUGUAUCUUGGGAGCAAUUUAAUAACUGAAGGCAUUGAUGUUUAUAGAAACUCAUCUAAUCCCAUUCUAGUUCCCUUUUCUAAUAUCGGAGUUUAUGUGCAUCAUCUUUGCUCAUUCCAGAGCAUUAAUACAGUUGUGCUAUACAGCAUGAUGUUGUCGAUUUUAUUAGCGGCGAGUAAAGGAUUUGGUGAUUUGCUGCAAAACCUACCAUGAUACCACCUACAAAACUCCAGUAUUUACAGCUCCUCGCUUGUUAAGGAGGUAAUUUUGGAGAAUGUACAAAAUAAACCGAGGAAAAAAGACUUUGCUCACAAAAUGCACUGUACCGUGUAUUGCCCCUGUUAGUAUCUUGGUAAAUGUUCUUACCAAGCCAUUAGUAACUACAUACCAGGAUGAUUUUAAUAUUGCAAAAUUUCAUCAUGUUUGGUUGUGAACUGAAUGUUAUUUAUUUAUAAAAGACAGGUACAGGUAAUUUUAUAUUCUGAGAACAAUGCUUGAUGGUAUGGAUAUCCUUGAUUUUUUUCUGAAUAUUUAUACUGUUUAUGAUUAAAAUGAGUGAAUUAAA